AUGUAUGUUUUACUUGAAGAAACUGGUGAAGAGAUUGAGUGCAUAUUGAAGCGGUUAGAAAAUGGUGAAAUUUCGGAAGACGAUUCCACCGACAAUGAAGAUAACAAAGAUCGUCUGAUGGAGCUAGAAGAUGAAGAGGAUGUAGGUAAUUUUCCCACUGACCCAGACUUGGAUGCAGAUCCGCCUGCAGCAAACGUAGAUACCGACAUGCAACAUAAUUUAGAGACUGUUGAGCGAAGCCCAACUCCAACAACCAGCAGCCAGAACAACCUGCACACUUCAAACCUAGCAACUUAG